AUGAAGUUGCAUAUCGUGGUGAGCGUGCUUCUGAUAUCAUUAGUUGGGAGCAGCCUAGCGCAAAUGGCCCAAGGUUUGCGCAAACUGGAUUUGGAAGGCACUUGGUCUAGUGGCUCUGGCAGUGUGUUGACGGGCCAAGGUUCUGGGGAAUCGGAUACGUUUUUCAAUCCGAUGAGGCGAAAGUUCACUGUCCCCAAGACGUCGGGAUAUUCGUACAGUUUUACAAGAGACGGAUUCUUUGAAAUGGCUCAAUUCACAUAUAACUCGAGUGGCCGCGAGCCAGAAUGUUUUACUGCGUCACUCAAAUGGCAGCACGGUACCUAUACACUUGAAGGUUCCAACAUUCACAUGAAACCGUAUGAAGGGGAUGGUGCGAUUCAAGUUAUGGGUAAAUGUGAGGAUCCGCAAGUCAAAAUGGACUAUUACUCUGAGAACGAAAUUGGAGCAAACAUUACUGUCUACACUGAUACUGACAUUGUGUUUUACAGUGAGCUCGAUUCCAUGAAGGUAUUGCAAAUGCACGCAUUCGACGGUCGUCCACUCCCGAAGAUGUACCUGCUAUACCGCCCCCCACGCAUGAUGCCGACCCAAUCGAUCUUUAAGAAAGUCAUUGGUGCACCUGGCACAUAA